UUCAUCAGGCUGCAGUUCUGCUCUUCUUCCUCCCUCCCCUCUCCGGGGAGGUGGGAAGGGUCUCCUGUCUGAUCCUUUGUCACAGGAGGACUUUGGGGUUUUUACUCUGCUGCGUCCUCCGUGCAGGGACAAGAGGAUUUUCAUAUCCAAACCAGCAGGGACGGCAGCUCUGACGAUGCAACACACAACUAAGCAUACCACAGUUGAAUCCUGACUCCAACGGAAUUGAAGGACAGAGGUUGAAGUCAAGGAGUGGGAUGCUUCCUCAAAGGGCGACUGUGAGCACACUGGGUUACGGCUCAGACUGUGUGAAGAUGGAGACCAGCGGCAGUGGCUCAGUAGGUAGGACCUUGCUCAGGGGGUCCCGCUCUAAGGUGGAGCUUCAGGAGCUGAUGGAAACGCUGCAGCGUAGGAAGAGUGCCCUGGAGGCCAGUCUGAGGGCAGCUGAGUGCAGCCGCAAGUAUUUCAACAUGCCUUCCCCUGGUGGACCCCAGUCCAAACGGCCGCUGUCCAUACUCAGCAACACUGAGCACCAGCCAGCUUCUUCUAGAACCUUUUCAUACAUGACCAGCAGCAGCGUGCCCCCAUCCCCUCGCCAGGGUGAGCGGCAGUUAAACUCCAAUGGCUUUCUACGUCACUCCAGUCCUCGCCACCAGUCACAAGACAGCCUGCUCCUCCCCACAGAUGGAAGUUCUCCCCUUUCCUCUUAUGGAGAACCGCUACCUCGUUCUCCAUGUGUCAAGAGCGGCACAGCUAGUGUGCCCUCAAGCCCUCGAAUGGGCCGCAGACUAUACUCGCAAGGUAAAGCUGUGAGUGAUUCCAGGCAGAGGAAAUAUUCAACGGGUUCCCUCAGCAGUCUGGGCAUGCACAGUCGUUCCCUACCACGCCUCCACAAUCCCUUAGAUCCUCCAAUUUUAUCCCUGCCGCCUCAUGUACACAGAGGAGGGCGCUCGACCAUGGCCCGACGCAGUCUCUCCUCCCUUGAGCAACCACCAGAUGUGACAGUACCAGCAAGCAUGCCCAAUACUCCCAGGAGAGCCAGCCUGGCCUCCCUGAGCUCUUUAGGUGUCGAGAUAGACGGACCAAACUUAGAUGUGAGCUUUGGAGAGCGGAGGUUAUCAUUUGGGAAGGGAGGGCUAAGUCCAGGACAACGGGUGGGCAGCAUCAGCUCACUGAACUGCAAAGAGGAGUUGAGAGACUAUCACCAGCACCAGAGAGAUGAGAGACUCAGGGAGCAGAAAGUGCAGAAACUGGAGAGUCAGCGUCUGGAGACCAUCAUGAACCUGUGCACUGAGUUUGCACAUGUGGAGCCUGCAGGUUCAGCAGUUUCGGACCUGCAGAAGAUCAAUAAAGAGUUGGAGAAGCUGCAGGUGUCAGACGAUGAGUCUGUUUUCUCCGACUCUCCUAGCAGCGCGGUUCCAGAGAGCUGCUUUGGCAUUAAGGGCCGAGAUUUGCUUCUCAGUGACGAGCAGCAAGUCAGCGGUCGUCAGCAGAACAGCUACAGAGAGGUCCAUUCGCCGUCUCUGAGCCUCAACAGCAGCGCGCCCUCACCCUCCAGCCACCAGAGAUCUAAGGUGUUGGAGAGCGUGCAGCUGAAGCAGGAAGUAACACAUAUUGAAGAGGAGAGGAUCCAGGUUGUGAACAAUAUUGAAGAGCUGGAGCAGAAGAUUAAAGACCUGGAUAACCAGAUGGAGGAGUCAGUAAGAGAGAUGGAGGUGGAGUGUGCUUUGCUGGAAGGAGAGCAGGAGUCAGAGAUGUCCCAGCUGCAAAAAGAAAAGGAGCUUCUCGACCAACUUAGGGAAAAGGUUCAUAGUUCGGACAAAGUUAGCCACACUGAGAAGGCACAGGAAGCAGAGGAGCAAACCAAAAGCUUGGAGGAUCUGGAGUUUCAGAAAUUAGAGAAAGAGAUUGACCAAGAUGAGGAAAAGGAAAAUCAGAGUCAUUUACUGAGAGAGAUCGCUGACUGUCAACGUCUCGCUAUCACACGCAAGGAGAGACUUGCCACGCUGAAGAAACAGUCCUCGCAGAUUGUUCUGCAGUCCCAGCAGGAGCGAGAGAACUUCCAGAGGGAAAAAAACAAUCUGCUCAUCAUGCUGCAGAAGGAGAGAGAGAAGCUGGCGUCUUUGGAAGGAAAGUAUGCAGAGCUGUCUGAGAAGCAGAACUUGGCUAACAGCAAUAAUACUGCCAUCAAAGAGCAGAUACACACCAUGAGGGAAAGGAGGAGAAGCGGCAAGGAAAACACUGCGCAUCCAAGUGACAACGGAACACAUAAGAGGAGAGAGCAGCUCGUCGCUCUUUAUGGAAGAACUCUGGGACGCACCCUUCCACCAAAGGCCCAUCUGCCUUUGUCUCAAAGCUCCAGCUGUGGCAGCGUCAUCCCACAAGGCCUCAGCUUCGCCCCUCGAGACCUGAACACUAGACGCCUGCCAAAAACAGGCAACAGCCACACUCACAUAAAUGACGGCGUGCACGACAGACAGAGAAAAAGUGAUUUCUGUAACCGAUUGCUAUCGGAGCCCAAUGUUUUCCUCGACUCUCUGUCCUACCCGGAUAACAGCCAGGCCUCCGACACAGUCAGUGUGGACAGCUCUGACAGUCUGGAGACCAGCUUCUCUGCAUGCUCUCCGGAUAACAUCUCCAGUGCCAGUAUGUCCAACAUGGCCAAGCUUGAGGAGAUGGAGCGUUUACUCCGAGAGGCGCAGGUGGAAAAGCUACGACUGCUUGAGCACAGGGAGCGUGAAAUGGAGAUACGCAGGCACGCCCUCGAGGAGGAGCGAAGAAGAAGGGAGGAACUGGAGAAACGACUGCAGGAGGAGACGACCAGGAGACAGAGGCUUGUGGAGAGGGAGGUGAAGCUCAGGGAGAAACAAAGAUCUCAGUCCAGACUCCUGACACGCUACCUGCCUGUGAGGAAAGAUGACUUCGACCUUCACGACCACAUUGAGGCGGCGGGACACAAUCCGGAUGCCUGCUUCCAUCUGGCCAUCACGGACAAAACAUGCCGAGGCUUCCUUGUCAAGAUGGGGGGCAAAAUCAAGACAUGGAAAAAACGCUGGUUCGUGUUUGACCAGAAUCGCAGGACGCUCACUUACUAUGCAGAUAAACAUGAAACCAAGAUGAAAGGAGUCAUUUACUUCCAAGCCAUAGAGGAGGUGUACUAUGACCAUUUGAAGAAUGCACACAAAAGUCCCAACCCCUCGCUGACCUUUAGUGUGAAGACUCAUGAUCGAGUGUACUACAUGGUGGCCCCGUCCCCUGAGGCCAUGCGUAUCUGGAUGGAUGUCAUUGUGACCGGUGCAGAGGGACACAUGCACUUCAUGGUGUAACGCAGCCUAAAAGGUGUUUGUGUGUGUGUGUGUGUGUGUGUGUGUUUGAAUGUGUCGUAUGUGAAGUCCUGAAUGCUCAAUCACUCUAUCAUGUAAUCAAGUAUAAAGAUCAUAAUAUACCAGUCUCAUCAUUAAGCUAUUGUUUAUGUACCAAAUCAGGGGUGUCCAAAGUGCGGCCCUGGGGCCAUUUGUGGCUAUUUCUUUUACUGGCUCGCAGCACACUGUAAAAAUAUAAUUUAACACAAAAAAAAAAUGGAAAACUCAGCAGUAAAUAAAGUUAAAAUAUGACAAGAAAAAAGUUGUACUCUAAUGAGAAAAGGUUGUAAUUUUAUGAAAAUGACGUUUGAGUAUAAUUUAGUAAAAUAACGUCAUUUCUGUAGCAUAAAGUUGAAAUAUUAAAGAAAAAAAUUUAUUUUUUAAAAAGGUAUAAGGUAUAAUAAAAUUACAUUGUGGAAAAAGUUAAAAUGCUACAAGAAUAAAGUCAAAAUAUGAAGUCAAGUCCUAAUUAUGAGAAGAAAACUUACAAAAAGUAUUGGAAAAAAAACGGAGAAAAUUGAAAAAAAAAACAGCUGUAAUUUUACGAGAAUAAAGUCAAACCAUAAUGAGAAAAAAGGUGCAAUUUUACAAGAAUAAACGCGUAAUAUUACGACAAAAAAUAAUGCCAUUUUAAAAGCGUAGAGUUGAAAUAUUAAAGAAAAAGUAUGCUUUUUUUAAAGCUGUAAUAUUAUGAGAAACAAACAAAACAAAAUAAAGUUGUAAUUUCUGGAAAACUAGGUUGAAGGAAAAGUUAUAAUAUUAUGGGAAUAAAGUCAUAAUAUUACGAAAAAGGAAUUGAUGCAGAUUAUGUAAGAAGAAAGUAUAUUAUGAAAAGUUUCCAAAUUUAAUAAAAACAGCAAAAAUGGGGGAAAAAGAGCAAAGCCAGAAGUUCAUGCCAGUAACGCAUCACCUAUAUCACAACACAGAGAUGUUUUUUUUUUAAAAAUAUAUAUAACUUCUUAGCAUAUCUACAUAUGCUUCCUUUCAUUUUUCUGUAUGUGGCCCUCGGUGGGAAAAGUUUGGACACCCCUGUAUUAAAUCUACAUUCCUUUGUAAUGUCCAACAAGUAAAAAAAAAAAAAAAAAAAAAGAGUCCAAUGCACAGUGCUGGCAUGUAUCUACUUGUAUCAGUUUGAAGCCGUCUAUUACAAAACAGUACAGCUGAAAGCUGCGAAAACCAGGCUGCAGUGAAGGCACCAGUCGGAACAGCCACGCAAACAAACCGCGAUGAAGACGAACGAGGGUCUCCUAUAUUUUUUAGCCCAGGUAAGGUAAGGAGACUGAGGGCAGCGAGAAAACAGGGAGCUGCAGCAAAGUGGUGACCGUGGAGUACAAUACUUUAGCAUCCACUUAGCAUGCGUGUUUAUUUUGUGUCAUUGCUAGUUGUGUAUAUUCAAGCAGCAGGGUACCAGCAGUAGCUGAUAGCACCAGCUUUUGCCAGUGGACAUAACAGUGGCUAACAGAUCCAUGCAGAGCAGGGUCGCCUAACGUGCAGUGGAAAAGGGGCAUCAGGGGAAAAGUAGUUACAAAUGGUGAUUAAAACACACAGUAACCUCCUUGCUUGAGGCGUGUGGCUGCUGUUUUAACCUCCGACAAUGUAACGCACUUUCAUUCCAUAAAGAGAGAGGUCCGUAUCACUCGUUCAUUUCUCUUUACCUUAAUCACUAUAAUUUCUCAUAUCUUCCAAGCACUUAAAUCUGAUUUAGUUGAUCACAGCAUCCUGGUGGUCUCUGAUCAAAGACAAUGUCUUACUUUGUGUUUACGUAAACGCACACAUCGCCGCGUGUUUUUGAAUUGACUGCGUUAUUGGAAUGUGUUAUUUUACCUCUUAUAAACGCCAGCACUUUGUGAAGGCUUUUAUUUUUGCGCCAAUCUUAAAUGAAUAUAAAGCCAAAUAAAUUGAUAAUUAAUAUGUGAAAUCAUUUAUUAAAUUCAUCAUGAAUGCAAUUGCAAAAUAUUAUAUAAAAAAUUAUGAGGAAACUAUUCAUUAAUUAUUUAUUUUCUGGCCAAUACACGUUAUUAUUAUUAUUAUUAUUGACUUACGUUGCAAUUAAACCAAUCAGACCACUGAUUCCGCCCUCCACUUCUUUGAUGGGUGACUUUGACAGAUUCCUAAAAAUGCCAAGCCAUUUAAAAAGGCAUGAACUGGUCAUGAAAUAAUUACCAAAUAGUUUCACUAUCAUUAUUAAAUAUCAUGUGUCACAAUUCAUUUAAUUAAUUGAUGCUCAAUUAAAUCAUUUCGCCUUUAAAUUCAUUAUUUUAAAUGGUUAUUUUUGGCUUUAUGUUUAUUUAAUUUGGGUACCCUCCAUCGAGUGUGAUUGCUGCUGCCAGUCUUCCGAGUACGACAAAUAGCGCCCUCUAGCUGUUACAGAGGCUGCUAACACAAUGUGAUGAGGUCAUGCAAAGUAUUAUUUUAUCAGUAUUAUUUUUCACCAGCAGGGGCCCUCAGUGCGAGAUUUAUUGCACCAAAAUGACGUAAUGCUUUCAUCCAUCUGUCAUUGAGCAGUAAAAAAGACAAAAUGUGUCUGUUGCCCCCGUUUAAUAUCAGUAUGCUCUUGUAUGUGAGUUGUACAUCACAUUUAUAUAUUUUUGUAUUGCACAAUACAGUACUUUUUUUUUUUUUUUUACAUUUUGUGUCUUCAAAAAAAUGAAAAUAAAUACUUUUUAAUAAGAAUUUUAUUUGGGGAAAUUGCAUUGUUUCUAUACCACACUGCCUUGAGUCGACAUUAAGUCGUGUUUUUUGUAGUGGA